AUGAAUCCAAGCGUUACGUUUUCCCUUGAACCGUACGGUCCCGGAGAUUGCCGUCUAUUAAGAUAUCUGCCUGGUGGAUUCCCAGUUUAUGAAGAUGCUUGUAGGGAGGGUAGUGUCAAUGCAUGGAAGAAUGCGGCACAGUCAUUAUGUUUGGCGGCUAGUUUGUGGGCCAGUCCGCCAAAACCCAGAGAUUGGGAAUUGGCCGGAAUAGCCCGCAUUGAAGCCAAUAAAUACUUAACUUCGGGAUGUAAACUUAUGGAUUUAAUGCUGGGUACAACCAAUAUGGAACGUGGGAAGAAGUUGAUGUCUACUGAACCUAUAGAUGUCGACAAAACCAGCGACGACAUUUGCAAAUCAUCUUACAAUGCUAGUUUAUCUGAGAUGUUGAUAGGGAUGACAGCCAGAGAUCAGUUGUUAGAAAUGCUAAUUGACAGAUGUAACAAAAUUGCUGGUGAUUUUGAUACCGAAUCUCAUACACUCAAUCUGUCUAAAACGUUUAUCUGUAUCUGCCAACAACUACGACAGUAUUUCAAAAUUUCCCGGAUAUAUAAACACUACGUGGAUGUUGAUUGUACUGAUAUUGAUUUCUGUUGCACCUGUCAAGUUUACAUCAAUUUGGACAUAUACAAUCCAUUGAGGAUAUCCAACAAUCCUACACUAUAUCCAUACCCGCCCAGUGUAACUAGUUCUGUAGUGGCAACGCUCAAAAUGAUUGAUCAUGAUCGAUGGAAUCUUGAGUUUUACGGCCAUCUCUGCAAAUUUAUCCAAAAGAAGUAUUUCUUGGUGGCCAAAAUAACAUACAAUGGCACUACAUACAGUUCAUAUGUCAUCAAUGGUAAAAUUGAUUUAUCGCAGGUACUAACAAAUGAAACAGCAAAACAUAUACAUAAGGAACUGAUUGCAGCGCAAAUGACUCUGAUGGAUAAGGUAAUCCUUGAACUUGUGUCAAUUGGUUCUCUUGAAUGGGAUAAUGACAUUGUGCAGUUAGUUGAUAUGGAUCCUGAUAAUGUUUGUUUCCACAUCGAUAUUCCACAACUCAACGGUCGAAUUGCUGAGUUUACGUUAUCAUAUGAAAGUAGUAAUGAUAACAACUUAACGCCAAGUAAUGGGGACAAACAUGCGUUAGAACUGUUAAUGACUUGCGUGAUAUACAAGAUUAGAGAUUUGAUAUUGCAUGAAUGGGAAAUUUAUGUUUUUGACGCGGCAAAUAGAUUUGCCGAUAUAGCUGUGCACUGGAAAAGUGGGAAAAUCGAGAAUACUGACAUAUUGUCUCAAAUGUUCAACUACCUAUUGCCAAAGCUCACUGCCGUAUUGAGCAAGUUACAUCCUAGUGUAUAUUAG